CGAUGAGACCUUCAGACUGACAGUGUGAGCUUGUGGAUGAGUGAAGUCAUUCUGCAGACGCCAUGGCUCAGCUGGUGGAGUGUGUCCCAAACUUCUCUGAGGGCCGAAACAAAGAGGUGAUCGAUGCCAUCUCCGCAGCCAUCUCCGCUACGCCCGGCUGCAGCGUGUUGGACGUCGACCCGGGAGCCUCCACCAACAGAACCGUCUACACCUUUGUUGGCUCUCCGGACGCUGUGGUGGAGGGAGCGCUGAACGCCGCGCGCCAGGCCUUCAGCCUCAUCGACAUGAGCAAACACUCAGGUGAGCAUCCUCGUACCGGAGCCAUGGAUGUUUGUCCCUUCAUCCCCGUGCAGAACGUCACCAUGGAGGACUGCGUCUCUUGUGCCAACCUGUUCGGACAGAGACUGGCAGACAUGCUGCACGUGCCUGUUUAUCUUUACGGAGAAGCAGCACGAAAAGAGACGCGCAUCAGUCUUCCAGCCGUGAGAGCCGGAGAGUACGAAGCUUUACCCGACAAGUUGAAACGUGACGGAUGGGCUCCAGACUUCGGCCCCGCCUCCUUCGUACCGUCCUGGGGCGCCACGGUAACGGGCGCUCGCAAGUUCCUGAUCGCCUACAACGUGAACCUGAUCGGCACCAAAGAGCAGGCGCACCGCAUCGCGCUGGACGUCAGGGAGCAGGGCCGGGGGAAGGACCAGCCGGGGCUGCUGAAGAAGGUGCAGGGGAUGGGCUGGUACCUGGACGAGGCCAACAUCGCCCAGGUCUCCACCAACAUCCUGGACUACGAGCUGACGCCGCUCCACAGCGUGUACGAGGAAGUCUGCCGGGACGCUGAGGAGCUGAACCUGCCGGUGGUGGGCUCUCAGAUCGUGGGUCUGAUCCCUCUCAAGGCUCUGCUGGACUCUGCAGACUUCUACAUCAGCAGAGACCGACUCUUCAUCAUCGAAGAGGAGCACAAAGUCCGACUGGUGAUCAGUAAACUGGGUCUGGACUCUCUGGGUCCGUUCAAUCCAAAGGAGCGAAUCAUAGAGUACAUGGUGAGGUCUCAGGAGGACGGGCGGCUGGUGUCUUUGUCUCUGCAGCAGUUUGUUCGGAGCGUCGGAGCUCGGACGGCGGCUCCAGGAGGAGGAUCGGUUUCUGCUGCUGUCGCUGCGCUGGGGGCAGCGCUGGGGGCCAUGGUGGGUCAGAUGACGUAUGGUAAGAGGCAGUUUGAGAACCUGGACGGUGUGAUGAGGAGACUCAUCCCUCCGUUCCAUCAGGCCAUGAACCAGCUGCUGCUCAUGGUGGACGCCGACGCCUCCGCCUUCAACUGCUACAUGGCGGCGCUGAAACUGCCGAAGAGUACAGCAGAGGAAAUAAAGAGACGUGAAGCCGCCCUGCAGGAGGGUCUGCAGCGAGCGGUCUCGGUGCCGUUGGCUCUGGCUGAGAGGGUCAACGUGCUCUGGCCUCCGCUCAAAGAGAUGGUCGCCUACGGCAACGUCGCCUGCAAGUCUGAUGCUCAGGUGGCAGCUAAGGCGUUGGAGGCGGCCGUGUUUGGAGCUCACUACAACGUCGUCAUCAACCUCCGAGAAAUCACUGAUGAGCGCUUCAAACUGGCCACUCAGCAGAGAGCGUCGGCGUUGCUGCAGGAAGCCAAGAGCAGCGCCGCCGCCGUCCUCGAGGCCGCCGACAAGAGAAACUGAGACACGAAGAAAUCCAUAAAGAUUCAAAUAUAACACUCUGUAGUUAGGCACGGC